GACUACAUUUCCCAGAAGCCGCUUGGGAAGUGUUGCCUGGACCCCGAGGGCCCUUUACAUUGCGUUCUUAAGGGUUCAGCCGCCUGGGUACUUGAUUCACAGGCAGGCAAGAAGUCCGAGCUAGGAUCCUGAAAAGGAGGGAACAAUUGUUGUAGCAGGUCUAAAAGUUCAGGUCCAGUCUGCAGAUGCUGUUCACCUGGCUUGUGUAUUAAGAGAAGAAUCUUAAUAGUGAAAAGGUCCUGUUGAAUUGAAGAAGAAUGUUCAGGAACUGCCUCGGCUUCUCUGGAUUCUGUGCUUCUCCAUGGAGGAAGCCCAAGGAGAACUGACAAGUUCUUGCAGUUCUAAAACCAUGGCUGAUGUAUCCUUGGCAUUUAGGGAUGUGUCCAUAGACCUCUCCCAAGAGGAGUGGGAGUGCCUGGACCCUGCGCAGAGGGACUUGUACAAGGAUGUGAUGUUGGAGAACUACAGCAACCUGGUCUCACUGGGAUAUACCAUUGCUAAGCCAGAUGUGAUUACUUUAUUGGAGCAACAGCAAGAGCCCUGGAUAGUAAUGAGGGAAGGGACAAGGAGUUGGUACACAGAUUUGGAAUACAAGUAUAUCACCACGAAUUUACUUUCAGAAAAGAAUGUUUGCAAACUCUAUUUAUCUCAAUUGCAGACAGGGGAAAAAAGUAAAAACACCAUCCAUGAGGACACCAUUUUCAGAAAUGCUUUGCAGUGCAAACAUGAAUUUGAGAGACAAGAGGGACACCAGAUGGGUUGUGUUAGUCAAAUGAUAAUCCAAAAACAAAUAUCUCAUCCUCUACAUCUGAAAAUUCAUGCUAGAGAGAAAUCAUAUGAAUGUAAGGAAUGUAGAAAGGCCUUUAGACAACAGUCAUACCUUAUUCAACAUCUGAGAAUUCACACUGGUGAGAGACCCCAUAAAUGUAUGGAAUGUGGAAAGGCCUUUUGUCGAGUGGGAGACCUUAGAGUACACCAGACAAUCCAUGCUGGGGAGAGACCCUAUGAAUGUAAAGAAUGUGGGAAGGCCUUUAGACUUCAUUAUCACCUUACUGAACAUCAGAGAAUACAUUCUGGUGUGAAACCCUAUGAGUGUAAGGAAUGUGGGAAGGCCUUUAGUCGUGUUAGAGACCUUAGAGUACAUCAGACAAUUCAUGCUGGAGAGAGACCUUAUGAAUGUAAAGAAUGUGGGAAGGCCUUUAGACUUCAUUAUCAACUAACUGAACAUCAAAGAAUUCAUACUGGUGAGAGGCCUUAUGAAUGUAAAGUUUGUGGCAAGACCUUUAGGGUACAACGACAUAUUAGUCAACAUCAGAAAAUUCAUACUGGUGUCAAACCCUAUAAAUGUAAUGAAUGUGGGAAGGCCUUUAGUCAUGGCUCAUACCUUGUUCAACAUCAGAAAAUUCAUACUGGUGAAAAACCCUAUGAAUGUAAAGAAUGUGGUAAGUCCUUUAGUUUUCAUGCAGAACUUGCUCGACAUCAUAGAAUUCAUACUGGUGAGAAACCCUAUGAAUGUAAAGAAUGUGGAAAAGCCUUUCGUCUUCAAACAGAACUUACUCGGCAUCAUAGAACUCAUACUGGUGAGAAACCCUAUGAAUGUAAGGAAUGUGGGAAGGCCUUUAUUUGUGGUUAUCAACUUACUUUACAUCUGAGAACUCACACUGGUGAGAUUCCUUAUGAAUGUAAGGAAUGUGGAAAAACCUUCAGUAGUCGCUAUAAUCUUACCCAACACUACAGAAUUCACACUGGUGAGAAACCCUACAUAUGUAAUGAAUGUGGAAAAGCCUUUCGUCUUCAAGCAGAACUUACCCGACAUCACAGAAUUCAUACAUGUGAGAAACCCUAUGAAUGUAAGGAAUGUGGGAAGGCUUUUAUCCAUAGCAAUCAAUUUAUUUCACACCAGCGAAUUCACACCAGUGACAGCACCUACGUAUGUAAAGAAUGUGGGAAGAUUUUUAGUCGUCGCUAUAAUCUUACUCAACAUUUUAAAAUUCAUACUGGUGAGAAACCCUACAUAUGUAAUGAAUGUGGGAAAGCCUUUCGAUUUCAAACAGAACUUACUCAGCAUCACAGAAUUCAUACUGGUGAAAAACCCUAUAAAUGUACGGAAUGCGGGAAGGCCUUUAUUCGUAGCACUCAUCUCACGCAACAUCACAGAAUUCAUACUGGCGAGAAACCCUACGAAUGUAAGGAAUGUGGGAAGACGUUUAGUCGGCACUAUCAUCUCACUCAACAUCACAGAGGCCAUACUGGUGAGAAGCCCUACAUAUGUAAUGAAUGUGGGAAUGCUUUUAUUUGCAGUUAUCGACUUACAUUACAUCAAAGAAUUCACACUGGUGAGAUUCCAUAUGAAUGUAAGGAAUGUGGAAAGACCUUUAGUCGUCGGUAUCAUCUUACUCAACAUUUUAGACUUCAUACUGGUGAGAAACCUUAUAGCUGUAAAGAAUGUGGGAAUGCCUUUCGUCUUCAAGCAGAACUUACUCGACAUCACAUAGUUCACACGGGUGAGAAACCCUAUAAGUGUAAAGAAUGUGGGAAGGCCUUCAGUGUUAACUCAGAGCUUACUCGACAUCACAGAAUUCAUACUGGUGAAAAACCCUAUAAAUGUAAAGAAUGUGGAAAAGCCUUUAUUCGUAGUGAUCAACUUACUUUACAUCAGAGAAAUCAUAUUAGUGAGGAAGUCCUCCUAUGUGUAAUGUAAAGAGAAUACGAUGGCCUUUAGAAAGUGCCCUUUAGCAGAUAAUUUAUAAUUUAAGAAAUUUUCUGUUUGUUACAGAACAUGUGGGAAUACCUUUUACUUCAUGCUCACAAUUUAUCAGAAAUUAUUUCAUAUGUUAAAGAGUUGAAAGACUAUAGCAUCACUCAGUCCCUAUUAGACUUUAGAAGAUUGAUACUGAUGCACUGCAUCCCAAACCAUCAAGGACGUUUUCCCCUGCAAACUGUUGUUGAACAGUGCUUCUCUAAAAUGCAGUAAUAAUGGGCCAGGUGAAGUGGCUCACACCUGUAAUCCCAGCACUGUGGAAAGACAGGAGUUCAAAACUAGCCUGGGCAACAUAGUGAGACCCUGCGUCAUGGCUUUAGUGAGCCAUGAUUGUGCCACUGCA